AUAGCACAUGCUUGGAAAUGAAUACCUUAAGUGUAAUGUAAAAUGAAUGUUGUUUGCUACUCAAAGGUCAAACAUUACAAAGGAAGAUGUGCUCAUUUUCUCUAGUCUUAUUUCUUUUGGCAUUCUCAGCUCCUUUGGUCUCCUCAGCCAAUAGUCCCAACAUUAUCUUGUUUGUCAUAGAUGAUUUGGGAUGGAAUGACACAAGCUAUCAAGGAAGUGACAUCCAGACACCAAAUAUAGACAAGCUUGCAGAAGAGGGGAUAAGAUUGAAGCAGUAUUAUGUUCAGCCUCUAUGCUCUCCUUCAAGAUCAGCCUUGCUUGCUGGGAAAUAUCCUUAUCAUCUUGGACUAGCUCAUGGUGUCAUUACAAAUGGUCACCCUUAUGGACUUGGUCUUAAUGAAACAACCAUUGCUGAUCAUCUCAAGAAAGGAGGAUACUCCACACAUGCUGUUGGUAAAUGGGAUCUUGGGAUGCAUAAAUGGGAGUAUACCCCAACAUAUCGUGGGUUUGAUACAUUCUAUGGCUACUAUGAUGCUGAUGAGGACUAUUACACGCACAAAGUUGGAGGAUAUCUUGAUUUCAGGAACAACACUGACCCAGUGAAAGAUGAAGAUGGAACUUACAGUACCUUUCUGUUUACAAAAGCCAUUGAGGAUGCAAUCAAUGCUAAAAGCGAUUCACCUUUCUUCAUAUAUGGAGCAUAUCAAUCAGUUCACAGUCCACUAGAAGCACCUGAUACUUACUUGGAAAAAUGCCACAGUCCGUAUCCUAAUAGAAAGAUAUUCUGUGGAAUGAUGCUGGCACUGGAUGAAGGCAUAUCAAACAUUACAAGUCUACUUCAGACAAAAGGUCUUCUUGAUGAUACCAUAAUCAUACUAACUACUGACAAUGGAGGACAAACAGCUCUAGGGAGCAGUAACUGGCCACUAAGAGGCAACAAGGCCACAGUAUUUGAAGGAGGAGUCCGUGGAAUAUCUUUUGUAUGGAGCACCAAACUAAGGAAGAGCAACUAUGACAACAAUGCAAUGAUGCACAUUACUGAU